UCUCUUCACCUUUCUUCUAGCGCCUUCUUAGUUCUAUAAUUUCUCUUUCUCUUUCUCUUUCGGGGCCUACCCUUUUUUUUUUUUUUUAAUUUCCCUUUCAUUAUCGAACCCACAAACGCCUCCCUUUUUCCUUUGCUAUCCACUCCAUGAUUUUAGUCUCCUCUCGGAAACUUCUAGAAACAACAACAACCUACAGCUCAUUUUUUUUCCGAUUCCGAUCCUCUUUCUGCUUCUCCGUUCGCUGGGUGCAUGCCCUCUCAGUAACCCUAUCAGAUAGAUCAAGGUAACCAAAAUAAUCAUAAAUUAUCAUUCUUCACUUAUUAAUAUUAUUUAUCUUCUUUUUGGAUUGGAUAAUAUUAAGAAGAACCAGCGUUAGCUAAGGAUAGAUAGGUUCUAGCCUUUCUGUUAUCAUUUUCGAAAGAAUCUGUAGCAGUGUAAGUACCAAAUUGAAAUGGUUAGAUUUUGUUUAGAAAGCAGUUAUGAACGAAACUUUGAAGCUUAGAAAAGCGGUUAGGUAGCUAGGUUGAGUUCCAGAUCUGGUAGAGAAGUUCAUCAUGGCGCCGUUACCGGCGGAGCAAACCGGUGAAUCAGCGCCGACGGAGUUGCAGAGAUCCAUUCCGACGCCGUUUCUGACCAAGACGUACCAGCUCGUCGAUGAUCCCUCCGCGGAUGACCUAAUUUCCUGGAACGAAGACGGCACCAGCUUCAUUGUAUGGCGACCCGCGGAAUUUGCAAGGGAUUUGCUUCCUAAGUACUUCAAACACAACAACUUUUCCAGUUUCGUCCGUCAACUUAACACCUAUGGGUUCCGGAAGGUUGUCCCUGACCGUUGGGAAUUCGCCAACGACUGUUUCCGGCGAGGCGAGAGAGCUCUUCUUCGCGACAUACAGCGCCGGAAAUUACUGCCGGUUCCGCCUGCAGCCGCGGCACCGGCAGCAGUCACAGCCAAUACGGUGACGGUGGCUGUGGCAGCACCGGCGGUGAGAACUGUGUCUCCAACGACUUCCGGCGACGAACAGGUACUAUCUUCGAACUCAUCUCCGAUUGCUGGGAAUAAUAAUAAUAAUACAGUACACCGCACCACAAGUUGCACCACUGCGCCCGAGCUGUUAGAAGAGAAUGAAAGGCUUAGGAAAGAGAACAUACAACUGAGUAACGAGUUGAGUCAAUUGAAGGGUUUGUGUAAUAACAUACUCUCUUUGAUGACCAAUUAUGCUUCUGGUUUUAGCCGCCAGCAGUUAGAAUCCUCCACAAGCGCUGUGAGGACCGUGCCGGUGCCGGACGGGAAGGCGCCGCUGGAGCUUUUGCCCGCGAAACAUGUUUCAUCGGCUGAUGACGCCCUGCAUGUCGGUGGCGCCGCCGGUGCCGCGGCGUGCGCGACGGGGAACGCGGCGGAAGCAGAGGUUCCGAAGCUGUUUGGGGUUUCGAUUGGACUGAAACGAUGUAGGACAGAGUGCGAGGCCGAACCAGAAGGAGAAGAUCAGAAUCAGAUGCAAACGCGAGCACAAACACAAUCACAAUCGUCGCAAGAACCAGAUCACGGUUCAGAUGUGAAAUCUGAACCGCUUGAUGGUGAUGAUUCGGAUUAUCAGGAUCAUGACCCUCAUUGGUUGGAGCUAUAGGGAAAUGAAAUGAUGCUCCUUCUUCUUCUUGAUCUCUCUACUAAUUUGGUGAAAUGACAGUGCGCACUUGCUGCCUGUACUAUUAGUGCUGUGACGCUGCCAUUGGGCCGGCACGUGACUUGGCCAUGUAUUUAACUCGCGGUUGGGGUGAAAAGUGCGAAACAUUGUACUAUAAGGAAUUAUGUAUUCUUCUGAUUGCUGGGGGUUAAAGAAAGAUUAUCAUCGCGUCAAAAUGGAGUAACUGAAGCAAGGGAAGGACAGACCCCUAAAAGACUCACGUCUCGGUUUUUUAUUUCAAGGAACAUUUGUUGGAUACAGCAAAAUGUGUAGAUAUUUGUGUCUGACAUCAUUAAAUUUUCGAAUUUGAUUCGUGUAUUGUAAUGUUUCCAUCCUUUGAACCAAGUUUGUUCCUAAGCUUCAUAAUUGUAGCAUGUAUGUUCUUUUAAUGAAAUGAAAUUCUAAUAUUAUCUUA